UAGGUUAAUAUAUUUGUAGUCGCUUGAUUUUCGCCACCAUAUUGUCUUUACAUAUCUCGUUUUACUGAACCCCUUCUCUUAUUUGUUGCGCCUCUCACUCGCAAUGCCGCUUUCCAACUCAUAGUAAUCACGAAUCUAGCCAUUAUACGCCACACUUCAUUGGAGCCUAGGUCUUGAAGCAUCAUCACCUAGUAACCAACAGUUCCCUUUGGAUAUUAUUCACAUUGCGACAAUAGUGUCGAGAUGUCGUCGUUACCUGAAGAUGGCAUUUCUGGAGCUUCAGCGGACGACGCUGGAGAAGAUGUGCAGCCUGCAAAUACUGUUGGCAAUGCUGUGAAUAUGAGGGAUUUGUCCCAUGUGUUCGACACAUCUCUACAGAUGCCCUCCGAAUCACAGCCAGGCAGCACCGUCGCCACUCCAUCGUUGUCUCCCAGCUUAAUCUCUACUGCGGAAUGGGAGCAGGAACUCGCAAGCUCUCCCCCUGCUAAUUCUGCCGUUCACACUAGUCGUCCUUUUCCAUCCGCCUCGGUCACAAGCAGACAAAAUGAACAACCGUCCAUUCUUAAUUCUCAUUAUCUGUCACCUAUUCCUUCAAGCCCUAGUCAAAAAUCUGUGACAGCGCCUCUUAACGCCCCUGACUACUUGUCACAGAGGACCCUCCCUCCAGAGCCUGCGUUUCCCUUUCCCAGUAUCAAACAUAUAACGCCAAAUGAAAAAUUAACUCCUUCUAAUCCGCCUGUCGCGGGUAGUGGCCAAGCAUCUGCUGCUUUGUCAAGGCCCAAUUCGUCUGCGAGUAAUGAUGGCACCUCAGCCUCGUUGGCCGGAAAAAACGAGGAUAGCUCCGCCGCUAUGAAAUCCGUUAGCCGCCCGGAGUCCAUCGCAGCCACUACAAAUGGUCACGAUAUCAUAAGCCACGCGUCAGGAGAAAAACGUCCAGGGACAGCUAUCAAGUCUGGGCGGUCGUCCUCGUCUGCCGUGAAACCACCUGCAGAGCUGAUCUCCAAAAAGUCCUUUUUCCAUAAAAUGUUCCAUCCGAAUCAGGACAAACAUGAUGGGAAGAAUGCUGUCGGGCAAAGCCGGCUGCAUCUUGAACUCCCUCGCGAUGCGCCCAGCAAUGGCCUAGCGAGUGGCCGAGUUAGUCCGUCUGUUAUGGGACCGAAUACCACUGAGUCGCCUCCUCUUACGCCCUCGGGCAAUAUCUCUGAUAUUGAUUCACGACCUCCAUCUCGAGCGCCAAGUCGACCUCCUAGCGUCAGGCGUCAAAACUCGGCCCCUGGCCAUGAUAUCUCUGUUCAAACUUUUGUUGAUCCAAAGAAUGCUGUCACGCCUCCCGUAGGUGUAUUGGCUCCUCAGCCCCAGCGCAGAUUAUCACAGAGGUCAGCUGGCUCUCCUAGUCGUCGAUCUGCUUCCGCUGGACAAGGGGUCACUGCAAAGAAGGAUGAGUCUGCGGGAAACAGUGGUACUAAAUUUACUCUCAAGGAUCUUGUCGGACUGGGAGAUAAUAAGGUUAAAAAAGCGUCUGCAGCAGGUUCGGCCAAAGGUUCAGAUCGGGGAUCAACCAGGGGGAGUGAAAUAGGAGACAACAAUAGCACAGCAUCGUUGUUAAAAAAGUAUGGUGUGUGCGAUCGUGCUGCCAUUGGCAAAGGGGCGACAGCAGUCGUCAGAUUAGCGCAUAAAUGGGAUAGAAGGGAAGAAAAACUGUACGCGGUGAAGGAGUUCCGUAAGCGUCGUAAGAAUGAGACAGAAAAGGAUUACGUCAAGAAACUCACUUCAGAGUUCUGCAUAUCGUCAACCUUGCACCACAUCAAUGUUGUUGAGACAGUUGAUUUAGUGCAAGAUGAAGCACAUCAUUGGUGUGAAGUCAUGGAAUAUUGUCCCGGAGGCGAUCUCUAUGCCGCAAUCAAGAAGGGAGGCAUGUCCAGCCAAGAGGUAGAGUGCUCAUUCAAGCAAAUAAUGCAAGGCAUUGCAUAUCUUCAUUCCAUGGGAGUGGCCCAUCGAGAUAUUAAGCCUGAGAAUUUACUUUUAGAUGGAAGAGGACAUGUCAAGAUAACUGAUUUCGGCGUUUCAGAUGUGUUCAGAAUGUGUUGGGAAAAGAAGACGCACAUGAGCAAAGGCUUAUGCGGGUCGGAGCCUUAUAUAGCGCCGGAGCUGUUUGAGCAAAAAGAGUACGAUGCUCGUCUUGUUGAUGUGUGGGCUGCCGCUAUCGUAUUCUACUGCAUGCAGUUUCAAGAACUGCCAUGGAGAAUUGCAAAACCAAGCGAUCCGACAUUUGCCGCCUAUAUGCAGCAAUACAAACCACAACACGUUGUGGACGCGAGUGGCGGAACCCACCAUCCUACCCCACCUCCGAUCAACAACUUGAUCCCAAGGGAAUGUCGCAGUGUGAUCAAACACAUGCUUGAUCCAGAUCCCAAGACCAGAUGGACCGUGGAUGAGGCGCUAAAGGACAAAUGGCUCGGCAAUGUUGAGGUCUGUCAGGAAGGCCAAGAAAAUAGUCACAGGCACAUCACGGCCGGGAUGGAUAUCGUCAGAGUGUAGAUCGUUCAGGUGGCGUUGACGGACCGGAACGAGGAGAUGGAACACUGUUCAAGCGUAUUGGUCAUUCCUAUUAUAUCGCAUCUGUUCCAAUGCUUUUCACCUAUCGUUCUGCUUUAUUUUCUUUUCGAUAUCUGUACAUACAAGCAAUGCUAGUGAAUAAUAAUAUUAG